CACAAAAAGGCAACAUAUGUGUAAUUUCAUUACCUGGGACGUGAUUCUUUACACAUGUAUCUUGUAUCUUUCAAUCAUUUAGUUAGUUGCACAAGAAAAAAUGAUGUUUGCAUCCUAAAUGAGCAUGCAUUCUUUGGGCUUAGCUGGCCCUUGUCCAUUGGAUAGGCUGUUCUCUCACAGGCUAACUUGAGUGCCAAGCUCCUUUAGUCUCCAAAGUGUUUCCAAAUUCAUUUGCCUGCCAUAUUCUAAUUUUUUUGAGCUGCAUUAGUUGUCCCUAUAAAUUCUACAUAUUGUUCGGCAACAUUUUUUUAAUCUGUUUUCUUCCAAUAAGUCUAUCAGAUGAGUUCAAGCAUUUGUUCUGUCCUGCUUGUUUGACAGUGUCAAACUUGGCUGCCAAGCUACUGCCUUUGUUUUCUUCUGGUUUCGUCAGCUUUCCAACUUUCCAGCCUUUAUAAGAUUGAUCACAUUGACUGAUACAUUGCUGCACAUUCCUUGCUCUGUUCAGCCUUUAUAAGAUUGAUCUCAUCGAUUUGACACAUUGUUUCAUACUCCUUGUUCAGAAGCAGGGUGUAAAGUUUCGUGCAUGAUGCCAAGCAUGGAUGAACCCCUUCUUGGCAAUGGUGUUCUUAAGACCAACGGGGUGAGAGAGAGCCUGGUAGUGGCUGAGGUCAGAAAACAGCUGUACCUUGCUGGGCCACUCAUCGCUGCAUGGAUCCUACAGAACAUUGUCCAGAUGAUAUCUGUCAUGUUUGUUGGUCACCUUGGUGAGCUUGCCCUCUCCAGUGCCUCCAUCGCCACCUCCUUUGCAGGCGUUACUGGCUUCAGCUUAUUGUCUGGCAUGGCGAGCAGCUUGGACACACUGUGUGGGCAAUCGUUCGGGGCAAAGCAGUACUAUCUUCUUGGCAUCUACAAGCAGAGGGCCAUCCUUGUGCUCACUCUAGUGAGCCUUGUAGUUGCAAUUAUCUGGUCAUACACUGGCCAGAUCCUUCUACUAUUUGGUCAGGAUCCAGAGAUUGCAGCUGGGGCAGGGAGCUAUAUCCGGUGGAUGAUUCCGGCGCUAUUCGUGUAUGGUCCACUACAGUGCCAUGUCCGGUUCCUGCAAACGCAGAACAUAGUCCUCCCGGUGAUGCUGAGCUCAGGUGCCACGGCACUGAACCAUCUGCUGGUGUGCUGGCUGCUGGUGUACAAGAUUGGUAUGGGCAACAAGGGUGCUGCCUUGGCCAAUGCCAUCUCAUACUUAACCAAUGUCUCAAUCCUGGCAAUUUACGUCAGGCUUGCACCAGCCUGUAGAAACACCUGGAGAGGGUUCUCAAAGGAGGCUUUUCAUGACAUACCUAGCUUCUUGAGGCUUGGUGUUCCAUCUGCGCUGAUGGUUUGCUUGGAGUGGUGGUCAUUUGAGCUCCUGGUACUUCUUUCUGGACUUCUCCCAAAUCCAAAGCUUGAGACAUCAGUUUUGUCCAUUUCCUUAAACACAGGCUCCUUAGCGUUUAUGAUCCCUUUUGGGCUUAGCGCAGCCAUAAGCACCCGUGUUUCAAAUGAACUUGGUGCUGGACGACCCCAUGCGGCCCAUCUGUCUACCCGUGUGGUCAUGGUCCUGGCUAUUGUGGUUGGCAUAUUAAUCGGACUAGCUAUGAUUUUGGUGCGCAAUUUAUGGGGAUAUGCAUACAGUAAUGAGGAGGAGGUGGUGAAAUACAUCUCCAAAAUGAUGCCGAUCCUAGCUGUGUCAUUCUUGUUUGAUUGUGUGCAGUGUGUUCUUUCAGGUGUUGCUAGGGGCUGUGGGUGGCAAAAGAUUGGUGCUUGUGUUAAUCUUGGUGCAUACUACCUUAUAGGAAUUCCAGCUGCCUUCUGUUUCGCCUUUCUGUACCAUCUAGGUGGAAUGGGACUUUGGCUGGGAAUAAUCUGCGCACUCGCCAUACAGAUGCUAUUGCUUCUCACAAUUACUUUGUGCAGCAACUGGGAGAAAGAAGCUUUGAAGGCAAAGGACAGAGUGUAUAGUUCAUCCUUACCAGUUGACAUGAUGACAUGAUAUUCUCAAGAUACAGAAUUUUUUGAAGGAAAUGCCCAUGAAACGUUGACAGGGAACUUGUGAAGAAUUGGUUGUUCAGAGUCAGGGCUUUUCUCCAUGCCAUCAGAAUGACGCUUGGGUCUAGUAAAGUUCCCGGGCAGUCUGUUUUGGACUUUUGGUCAAAACGGGGAAUACAACAUAACUGAAUGUGUUUUAUUUAUUAGAAACAGCAGCAGCAUCUCAUGAAAUAACAAUGCUUUCCCCCU